AUGGAAUACCCUCUUACGCGCCGAAACCCACCCACGCCGACUCCGCCAUCACCACGCCUCGUUCGAAGCAGAAGCGGAUCUGAAAACAAUUCAACAUCUAUAAACUCUAGCCAAAGAUUCACUAACCGAUCAAAAUCAACCACCAGAUCAUCAAGAAACAUUCCAGACCAAGAGAAUGUAAUUCUAAAGAAGCCUAAUAAUCAACAGAGUGGUAGCAAGGAUGGGUUUGUUAGGUUCUUGCAGCUUGGAAGCCCACGCUAUUCCCCAGCAACUAAUAAGAGGUCAAAAAUGGCACCAAAGUCUCCGUCAGCUUGGGCGUUAUCGCCGGGAAGGUCAAUGUUUAAUAUGUUUCCGCCGGAUUCCCCAGCUGUGCUUGGUCGAGAAGUAGAUAAAGUCAAAGGUACCCGCCGCGGUGGUGGUAUGACCGGUGUUUUGAAGUAUUUUAGGCAAAAGAGACUGUCUACGGUACAAGAAGAGGAGUAUCGCAGGUUUAGGGUUUUGCAUAAUAGGCUAUUGCAGUGGAGGUUUGCUAAUGCAAAGACUGAGGCUAGUCUGGCCGCUGUAAAGAUAGUUGCAGAGGAUAGGUUAUUCCAUGUUUGGCUUAGAAUAUUCAAUGCAAGGAAUACAAUAUUGGAAAAGAGAAUCGAGAUACAAAGAGUGAAGCACGAGAUCAAAUUAUUUCAAAUCAUUAACCCACAAAUGAAUAUGCUCAAUGAUUGGUCAAAAAUAGAGAGAAAAAAUUGUGAAGCAGUUGGCAGAGUAACAAGAAAAUUAUCAGCCUUGACUCUCAAACUCCCUUUAGUAGAAGAGGCUAAGGGAGAUGUGGAAUCCAUACAUAAAGCUAUGCGUGCAGCAGUGGAAGUAAUGGAUAACAUGGAAGCCACAAUCACUAAAUUCCUCUCAGAGGUGGAAAAAAUUCUUUAUCUGCUUACUGAGCUAACAAGCACACUAGAACAUCAAAAGGAGAGUUUGAUGGAAAUGGAGACCAUAGUAACAUUGCUUGCUAAAUUAUUGAUUUCAAACAUGGCACCUAGGCCUAAGCAAGAGGAAUCAAAGGGAAUAAUUGAGAAUUUUUUGGACACUUUACCCGUUGAACCUUGA